UAUAUGGAGAAAAUCGCACAGCUGCGGCGUUCCGUACGGCCGCAUUGCAGAUUUCUCCUAUAUCUGUUUCCCUCUAAAAGCUUCUCUCCGUCUUCGUAGAUUUCUCAGUUCUGCAAAUUGAAUUAGAAAUGGAGGAGUACUUGCAGUAUAUGAAGACCUUGCGCUCUCAAAUGAACGAUGUGGAAGAUCAGGCAGCAGAGGUCUCAGUGGAAGAACAAACGCAAUUGACGACAAUUCACACCUUCGAGAACGAUCUUAUUUCUGCAAAAUCACAAGUAGAUCAACUCAAUAAGGAUAAUGAAGCAAUGGUGAAGACAAAGGGAGAAAUAUGCUCUAAAAUAUUGGAAAAUCGUAGGAAGAUAUCUUCUUUAGAGUCCGAUUCUACCACUAUUUCUCAGAGUUUGGAGCUUAUUCAACAAGAAAGAAUUGGCUUUUCUGCCAAGCUGACGGAGAAAAGGACUUAUUACCUCAAGGUUACAGAAGACAUAAAUGUCAGGUUACAGGAACAAAUGGACUCCUUCAAUUCUCUCAUGACUGGCAUAGAAACAAGAAAUCAGGGAACGGUGAUGGAUAAAUUGGAUAAACAAAUGCAUAAAUCUGAAGGGGAGUAUAGCUUUAACAACCUGCUCAAGGCCGACCAUCUGGAAAAUGAUUCAAUGAAAAAUUCAAAUGCCAAGUUGGAAUUGGUUAAGGCCAAGCUUUCAGAAAUAUCAGAAAUGGAAUUGAAACUUGUUAUGAAAAACAGAAAGAUGAAACAGGCCAUUGACCAAGCCAACUGUAGAGCAAAUGAUUUUCAGCCUGAUUUAAGGGCAAUGGAUAUAAAGACUCUAGAAGAGGAAUACAAUGCUCUUUUAUCUGAUGAAGCAGGAGAGACUGAGUACCUGCAGUCUCUACAGGAACGAGUUGAGAAACUCAAGGGAAUUUCUCAUGUUGUUAAAUGCUCUUGCGGAGAGGAGUAUAGAGUUCAUACAGACCUACGUGCAUAACAAAAUGGAAAGCAUGGAUGCCUGAACUCGGGUAACUGAUGAAAAGGCUGAGAAAUGAAAAAUGCUGAACUACAAUAUAUGACUUGAUGUCUACGAAAACAUAGACCAAGUGCUAAUCGAAGCGUAAGAAGAAUUUUAUAUCAUGUACGUGGCAAUGCUUUCAUAUCAGAAGAAGUUAAGCUUGAUACACUAGGUGAUGGGCUACAUAUACCAUUUUUUAACAUACUGAACAAUUUGUUCAGAUGAAAUGCUGAAAAUGGAUUCAAAAGAACAACAUUAGUCUUAUAUUAGCUCUCUAAUUUUGCAAGUCAUAUUCAUGAAUUAACAUUCUGUGAUUAAAUUUGGUAGUAAAAUCACUCAAAUAAAACAAAUAUAUUUCUUAUGAA